ACCCAACCCUGCGCAUUGGCACUUGGGCGAAUACUCCACCCCAGUAUGUAUUGGAAUGAUAGUUUAUCCAAGACGAGUAAUACUGAGUAAUACUCGGUUUAGUGACUCAUACGAGUUACUGGCAUCGUGUAAAUUCGCCUUAAGUAUGGGGGGGAACAGAUGAAGGUGAGGAGAGCUGGGGAGAGCCGCCAUCUUGGAAUCGCAAGUUGCGACCAAAGAGUGUUGCGACUCGCAACAACAGAUGGAAAACGUGACUUCUCAUGAGCCGUACCAACCAGCCAAAAUCAGCCCAACUGAUACAGUGGGAUGAGGGAGUCACGAAACUAUAUAAUCACCCAGGAAUACUCCCACUAUAAAAGCACCAAAUGAAUAAGAUAUUGGAAAAGGAAAGGACGUAGAGAAAGAUAAGUUAGCUGAGGUUCAUCGCUGUAAAACCAGUGGUACUAGACUCACCUAUCUCGGGCUGAAAUCCACAGACUGCACUCAAUGGAAGUGUUUUUAACAAAGUUUACUUUGUUCAGAUUAAACUUCAAAGAUUUUUUAUUUAGUUAUACCGUACCGAUCAGUGUAAUGGACAUAGACGGAUCUCUUCGAAGUCUGUAAUUUAAAGAACAAAAUGAACGCUGGAAUCAAUUGGGACGCCGAACAUCGGCGGCCACUGUUGGGGAGCCAAGCAGCCUUGGAGCGAUCAGCAGAGUCUAUAGCGAGAUCGCAAACAGUUGCAGUAGAAACUGAACAAAUUGGCACCCAGGUUAUCGCAGAGUUGGGUGAACAAAGAGAAACAUUGUUAAGAGCGAAAAGAAGGUUAUCGCAGACCGAUCAAGAGUUAGAUAAAGCUAAAAAAAUAAUGAGAACCAUGAGAAAGAGAGUGUUAACAAAUAAAUUUGUAUUAAUCUUGAUUAUUAUAUUAAUGUUAGCAAUACUAGGAGCGACGAUAUAUCUUAAAUUCUUUAGAAGAAAGUAAACGGAAUCUAAUGUUGAAUUUUGUCAUUUUAUGAAACUUCAAUGCUUGUAAUAUAUAAAUAAUUGAAGAUGAAAGGAACAAAAGGCAAAGAAUAUAUUAUCGUACUAGACUAAGUUUAAAGGAUUAUAUAAUAAGUAAAAUAAAACACUCCCAUAAUAAAAGAA